UCUCCCAGGGAAAAACUAACUCCUGCCUUCGGCGCGGAACCCGAAGUCCAACUGACAUGACAUUGAAUGUACGUCACUGAGUGGCUCCCAUUAACGUCAGUAUAUUAUUUGUGAAUCACCAAGAGCAGACUGAUCUCGGUGUUGUUUUGGAAGCCCAUUGUUUUCCUGGAGACACUUCCUGAUGGAGAUACUCGGCUGUGUUGACAUCUCUCCAACAUGGAUUCUGUGGAUAUCGGUUUUGUUUCUGAUUUAUGCAUAUGGAAAGAGGAGGAACCGUCUGUUCAAGGAUGCUGGUAUUCCUGGUCCGGAGCCUGUGAUUUAUAUCGGGAACUUCCAUCAGAUGAUUAAGCACGGUCUGGACUUUGACAACAAGCACUUCAAACAGUAUGGUAAAGUAUACGGGGUUUUGUGGGUGGCCUUCCGAUGGUCAAUGUACUGGAUCCCGACAUUGCCAGAGAGAUCCUGAUCAGGGAUUUCCAGCAUUUCACGGACAGA